AUGCGCUCUAAUUCACCUCUGAAUUAUCUGAUCCGCUUUUUGUGGGGAAUCGGACUUGGCGUAACUCUUCCCUUCCCGACCAUGCCAGGGGUCGAAAACGCCCUAACUCCAUGUAUUCCGAUUAUCUCUCAUUUUACGUAUCAAGUCUUGUCUUCCCGGCUUUGA